GUGUUGUCAUGGUUUUAAUAAAGGUUAACAUUAAAUACUCCCGUUGGCAUCAAAACUCUGCUGAAAUUGGUGAGACGUUUGCCUCUUAGAUGUUUAGUGUGUUCCCAACAACUGCAACACCUCUGUUUUAAGAUGAUGUAAUUCACCCAGACCAGAGAGCGAAGCUGUGCAAAAAUGUGGGGAACACUUGCAGAUGUAUAGUGACAUUUUGGAUACGCACAAAUCCAGGUUGCACUUUCCACAAGCCCAACGAGACACUCUUUAUUAAAAAGGUUUAUGUAUUCCUCAGCUGAUGAUCUAAAUGGCCUGAAGACUCAGUCUUUGAUGUGGACGGGGCGUUUUUGCUUCUGUUUGCUGGGCUUUCACACGAACAUGGAUCAUAGAUGGAAAAACUAACAAGACGAUGGCACCAUGUUGUAAACAGCCACCUGGGGGGGGGGUCCUUGUUUCCACAGGAAACGCCAUAGAAUAAUAGCCUGAACACGUAUCUGUGGUUCAGGAGCUUUAAGAGCUGAACAUCACAGUGUGUGUGUGUGUAGGGGGGGCACAUUUAACAGACCUUGGCGCUGACUCAAAGCAAGGUCAGCUGCUCACCUUUUAUCUUUGACAGGAAGACGUAUGACACAAUUGUCCAGAGAACUGAUUUUGCACUUUAGGUGUGUAUUGUUGCCAUACGAGCCCAGAAACCAGCGAUCAGUAAACCCAGCUGGCAGGAUGGCAUUCCCAGAAGGACAGAUUAGGCAGAUAUUAGCUUGUUAUCGGCUACAUUAAUGGUUGGUUUAUCUGAUCUGCUCUUGUGGUGUUUGCUCUAUUGUUCUUUCUAUGAUGUAAACAAAACAGAACUCCCUAAACCUAGCAGAUUCACCUGUGUGGAGCAUUUAGUUUGUUUAUACCUGGCCUUUAAGAAUGGACUCAAGCUCAGCAUUAGUUACAGUAAAUGCGUCUGAAAAGUCAGGAAUGUCUGCUGAGCAAACAGCCAGAAAGGUUCAGACUUGUUCUAGCCGGCCUCAAAUCUGAUGCCUAGAGGCUUGUUAAAUAUAUCAGAAGGUUUACGUCCCUUUUGUCCACCAUUUUCUUAUUCUUGUAGCUCUUUCUGAUGCUCUCUGUGAUUUUAUUUCAGUUUUUGUAUCUAAUCAUGUUGUGGUUUAAACUAGUCAGGAAAAAAUAUCCAGAGCUUGACUUUAGGUGUGUGCGUGUGUGUGUGUGAUGUGCGUUACAGUGGGAGGAGGCAAGGUGCAUAAAUAAGCGGCACCCACAGAUGACAGUAACUGGAGAGGUGGGUUAUAAAUACCCCUAACCUUUCCUGCAGAGGCUGUUUGUGUGCGUUUGCUCACAACCGGGUACACGCUGCUCUUUGGGGCAGGGGGCCCGCUCGGGACCGGGACGAUAGUCUACGCUGCAGAGGUGGUUUCGAUGCCGCUUUAACAUGCAGAAGACUGUUUCCUGCUUUGUUUUGAGUCAACCGGCAGCUCUGCUAACCUCUGUUAAAACAUGACCCGGCUAGCUUGUUUGUGGUUCCUCUUCGUUCAGACUUCUGCGGGUUUCUCAGGUCUGUAAACGGUGACAUGUCUGGUGUUCAGGCUGGGGAAGAUGUCUUCUGGUCUGCUCAAGAGCGUUUCAGAUGAAGACUAAGGUUUCUGUGCUUAACCGAGUGUACAGUUGUGUAAUCUGACUGAUGAGAGUGAUCGUACAAAUUAAAACUAAACACCCUUUAAUCUGCAGCAGCCUAAUUUUACGGCAGGAUAUAAUUAUCCUACAUGGAACCGGCUCCUAAUUUGAGUUUUGGACGCGAUGGGAGACCUUUUUAUUGUGAAUUAGAAAGCUUUUAUUCUGAGCUCUGGGUUAAGUCUAUUAUAAGACUCCUCCCUGGGUUGAGUCAGAGAGAGCCAGUUAAUUCUUUCAAUGGUGACACCUCAUCAUCAAAGUAGGCCACCCUUAACCCCGCUGCACGCACUCCGCUGACUGAACUCCGGGAGGAUGGCCUGCAGUGAUUUGACUAGACUUCCACAGUUCCAGCAGCAGCCCCUCCUUCCAGCCCAUCCGCAGUAAGAUCCCCAUCCCCACCGCACAUGUCAUGCCCUCCACGGCCGGCCCCCCGGCCUCAAAGCCCCAUCCCUUUGGCCUGGAAGACGCCGCCGCGUCCUCUGCUGAGGGUCACAGGUCAUCUCCUGGCUCCAGAACCCCAAGUGGUUCCACAUCAAAGUCUUCCUCGCUUUCCAAAUCCGCGUCUUCUCCCAACCUGGACGCUCAGACCGAUGUAUUAGGCGAUCCCGUGGGACCCAAGCUGGACUGCCUGAGCCGCUACCGUAGCCUCGUCAACGGGCUGGACCACUCGCUUAUCCCCACGGAUCACACACGGCUGGAGGAGGGCCAGAGGUUUGAUACCCCAGCAGUGGAACCUACGCUAAACCAGUCCGCGCUACUGGGAGGGUUAUGUCCUGAUGUCAGACUCCGGUUACAGGCGACCGGGGUUAGAGACACGACAGACAGUUUGUCUGAGGUCUACAGAGGAGCCAUGGAGCACAGCUACAAGGUUCUGUCUGAAGCUCGGCCCGGACUCUCAGGAACAGCAGAGGCCUCUAAUCAGAGGGGUGCAGCCGGAUCUGCUGGCGCUUACACAAACCCUCUCGGUCUGCAGACACAAGCUCUGCUGCGAGAGCAUGCAGCUCCCAAAGGUUACGAUCCGUUACGGCCGGACCGAUGCAGCGAGCUCUCCGGCUGGCAGCAGAAACAGCAGCUGGAGAGUUUACGCCUUCAAGUGGAACAAAUGCAGCUGAUGAACGCAGGCGUGGGAGCGCCGUACCCGUCCCUCUACGCCACACCUCUGCACUCGGACUCGGGCAAGUGGGACGCUCUGGUCAAAGCCAGCGAGAGUCUGCUGAAGGAGAAGGAGCUCGUUAUCGAGAGACAAAAGCAACACAUGGCCCAGCUGGAGCAGCGUCUGAGGGACAGCGAGCUGCAGGUCCAAGGAGCCCUCCUGGGCCGGGGGGCGUCUUACGCAGACAUGUGCAUGCUGCGUCUCCAGGAGGCCCAGAGGGAGAACGUGUUCCUGCGAGCGCAGUUUUCCGAGCGCACGGACUGCGCUGCCCUGGAGAAGGCAGAGGCAGAGCGCAGGCUGGGUGCCGUCGAGGCCGAGACUCGCCGGCUGACUGAGAGUCUGAAGGAGGCCUGCGAGAGGCACGCGGAAGAGAUGAAGAAACAGGAAGAGAGGAUCCGAAGUCGAGACAAGCACAUCAGCAACCUAAAGAAGAAGUGUCAGAAGGAGGCGGAGCUUAAGAGGGAGAACCAGCAGCGUAUUGAAACUCUGGAGCGCUACCUGGCUGACCUGCCCACCCUGGAGGACUACCAGAGCCAGAACAAGCAGCUUCUAGAGGCCGAACAGCAGGUCGCUCAGCUUCAAGAGAAAGUCAGAGACCUGGAAGCCACUCUGGAGAUGACUCGCUCUCAAAUCCAGGAGAAGGACUCGCAGCUGGAGGAGCAGAAACGCCGGGAGAGAGACCUUCUGACCACAAUUACAGACAUGCAGCAGCGCGUGCAGCAGGGCCUGGAGGACGGAGCCAGACUUCCAUGUUUGGACUUUGAGAAACUUAGAGGGGAGAACAGCUCUCUGAGAGAAGAGCAACACAGGCUCAAAACGGUUAUUGAGAAGCAGCAUCAAAUGAUGGAACAGCUGGGCUCUCAGAUUCAGACUCUGGAGCAGCAGGUUUCUCAGGAGGAGAGCAGCUCUCAGGCCCUCAGAGAUGAGGUGCUGGCCAAAGAGCAGAGUGUGUUGGAGCUGCACACGGCCAUGAAGGAGCUUUCCAGCCAGAACCAGGAGCUGAUGGAGCAGAAUCUGACGCUGCAGGAGCAGAUGAGUGAUCUGGAGCAGAGGAGCGCCCCCCUCGCCUCUUCAGCCCUCCAGCCAGCAGGAGCUCGUCUCACACAGCGACUCCACUCUGAGAUCUCCUCGUGUCUCAGUGACCUGCGCUCCCUGUGCAGCAUCCUGACGCAGCGAGCCCGGGGACAGGACCCCAACCUGUCGCUGCUGCUUGGCCUCACUUCUCCUCCGUCAGUGGCGGGGCAGGACGAGGACUGGAUGGAAGCGGACGUCCUGCAGAAGAAGCUGGUUGAAGCCCAGCAGCUCCGUCGGGACGUAGAGGAGCUGCGUAACCUCAUACUGGACCGUUACGCACAGGACAUGGGAGACAACUGCAUCACUCAGUAACCAUGACCCCCCCCCACCUCCGCAGGAUCUCCCGUAUGACGCUUCAGAUUCGUCCACCUGGUUGAACAUUAGUGUGGAGGCCCCCCUCCCAGUCCAAGGGCUAACAGAAAUAACUUACCUCUAAUACUUGAUCCUUUUAGCGUUGAGUGUGUGUGUGUGUGUUUUUUAACAAGAACGAUGCUUUCUUGUAAGUUACCAAACAGUCUUAUCCUUUUAGUUCCACGCGAGUGGACUCUGUGUCCCACUGUUAUAAUUUAUUGAAACUUUUGAUUUCCCUGUUUGGGGGAAUAAUCCUUUAAGUGGUUGACAAUCAACUGGGAACGUUUUAACUUUUAACUGAAUUAGCAAAGAGGCAUCGUUGUUUCUAAUGGUGGACACCGUAACGACAGCGGUGGCAGGGCUUUCGUACCAAAUCAGCUCCUAGCACCAACGGGCCUACAGCCGCCCGACCAACAACAAAAACCAAAGAAACGGGGGUUGAAGUGUGUUUGUGAACGCACCUCGCUCCUUUGCAGGCGUGGCUCCGAUCCAACACCAGCACGUGUGCCUUUGUGGUGUUCGCCGCUGCAAACGCGGACUCCUUUCAGACCAACUCCAGGGCUUUUUGCAGCUGAUGUUUUGUUUUUGUGCUUCAGCGUUUCAGCCAGGAGAAUAGUCGAUACAUUCCCUGACUCUGAAUGUAGACGCCCGCGGGCCGAGUCGCAGCAUCCUGUUUCUGAUUUAAAAAUAAACAAUAAAAAACACAAGUCUGGGUGAGGAUUCAGCAGAGGUCAAACAUGACUCGGGCGCAGUAUUAAUAUUCAGUAUUUAUUUAGUUUUUAUGACUCGAUGUGAAAGAUUUAGGGUCUUCCUAACUUGCUGAUUAAAUGUGUUCAGAAAUACUCUGUAUCCUCCGUGUGUGUGAAGGUCCCACGAAGUGGAUUAGAUGAUUAUUUUGUUGCCUGUGAGGAGACACGGGAGCGGGUUCUCCUUGUGUUUCUGUUCUCCGUGAUGAUGAUGAUGAUGUGAGGGGGUGGCUGGAUCACCCCUCCCUAAAGCCGUCGCUCAUCACAGGAGAAAAGGAGCCAUUCAGAGAAAAAGACACUUUACGGCAGGAGAAGGGGAUUUUAAAAUGAAAAUAUGCAACAAGUACUUGUUGGAGGAGAAAGUCUUCAUUGUUAGGAAUCCUUAAGCCAUAUUUCCUCUCAUGGGACCUUCAAGAAGCACAACGUUUCUCUGAAACAUCAGCACGCCUUAUCAUCUCAGACGUUUUGCAAAAAGGGAAAAGAAGAUGUUUCUAUUUUCAUACUUUUGUUCAUGUUUGUAUUUGCAUACUUUAGAAAUAAAGAUUUUCAACAUUUGGA